GUGACAUAUUCUAAUAGGGUGAUGCCAACCCUUGGUUUGGACCAAGCCGAGUCUGCUAAUAUAAGUACUAUGACUGCCAUAGAAAAGACUGUGCCUGAAAGCACGGAUAUUGCUGAAAACACUACUCAGGAAUAUGAUUACGGAGAUGAAGAUGACGAUUACUAUGACGACAGUACUGAGGUAGAUGAGAUAGCUCUCGGCAUUGAGCAGGAAGCGUUUAUGCGCUAUGGAGAUCCCAAUGAUUUUGUAAUCCAAGGCAGUGGACAGCAAGCAAACCCUGCACACGCCGGCGCUGGUGGAAAGCGUAUGCAACCGCAGGAACAGACGUUGAGGAAAUACUACAAUAAAAUCAAUGUGGAAACUAAUCUGUCGAAAGGCGCUACAUCGAAGCUCUCCAGUGGGAAGGGCUCGGAUUCCUCAUCAUAUCGUACAUCUGACAAAGCCGAUAGGGCUACAACAGAACAGGUUCUAGACCCCAGAACACGUAUGAUUUUAUUUAAAAUGAUGUCAGCGGGCGUCUUUAAUGAGAUACACGGGUGCGUGUCAACAGGAAAGGAAGCGAAUGUGUACCAUGCUUUCACGGAAGACAGGGACGCGGAGUUUGCCAUCAAAGUGUACAAAACCUCCAUUCUGGUCUUCAAAGACAGAGAUCGCUAUGUGUCGGGAGAGUUUCGUUUCCGUAAAGGUUACUGCGCCUCUAAUCCGAGGAAGAUGGUAAAGUUGUGGGCGGAGAAAGAAAUGCGUAACUACAUACGAUUAUUUCAGGCGGGCAUCCCCACCCCCCGGAUGAUUAUGCUAAGGCAGCAUGUCUUGGUCAUGGAGUUCCUGGGCAAGGACGGCUGGGCUGCACCCCGACUAAAGGAUGCGACCAUCAGCGCCGACAGACACCGAUCACUGUACAUGCAGUGCGUCAAGGACAUGCGCAAGAUGUUCCACGUCUGUAAGCUGGUCCAUGGAGAUCUCAGUGAAUACAAUCUUCUGUACUGGAAGCAGCAGCUGUACUUCAUCGAUGUGUCACAAUCUGUGGAGCAUGAGCAUCCCCGCGCAUUGGACUUUCUGCGCAAAGAUUGUUCGAAUAUCACAGCCUUCUUCAAAAAGAAUGGAGUGGAUGUAAUGUCCAUGCGCGAGCUGUUUGAAUUCGUAACCGAUCCUAACCUGCAAGACGAGCACAUAGACGAGUACUUAGAAAAGGCGCAAGAGAAGAUUGCGGCACGGGGAGACGAAACAGCUGAGGAUAAAGUGGCAGAGGCUGUGUUCCAACAUGCGUACAUACCACGUACAUUAGAUGAUGUAGUGGACUUCGAACGAGAUCAUGAGCGCAUGCAACGGGCGGCCAAGUCGGGAGAGACUGUCGACCUUAUAUACGCUAAAAUUCUGGGCCUUGAAGAUACGCCCGACAACAAAACUAACACACCCCAAAAGAAGGAUGCAAAAGAUAUACAGUCACAGACGUCAAAGCUCGAGAUGUCGCAAAUAGAAACCAGUCGAACUCAAGAUUCGGUGGAAAGUGAUAGUGAUGCAGAAUCGAUUUCAGGAAAAGGCUCUGAGAGUGAAGGGGAAAGUGGAGAUGACAGCGACAGUGAAACGGGUAAGGCGUGGGUGGAGCGUCCACCGAAGAUGAGUGCUGAGGAGAAGAAGGCUCUAAAGCGCGCACACAAGAAGGAGGUAAAGGACGACAACAAGGAGAAGCGCAAGGGGAAGAUGCCCAAGAAAGCCAAAAAACGGAGGGAGAAAACCACAACCACUAAGAAAUGAGCAGUCGUCCCGUCGCAUGUUCCCAAAUUUAAUAAAUUGUACGAUUGCUUUCCUCGUUGAAUGCAGACCGUUCUUGUCUGUAAUCCCCGUGGGGUCUGUCGCAGGUGAUCAUUGAUGCUCCAAAACAGAGACAUUUAUCUUUUUACG